AUGCGAACUGUGCAAAGUGAAAAAAUCUUAAAAUUGCUUGGCAUAACCUGUGAAAGCGUGCAACCGAAGUGGGUUAAUUUCACUAAAUGUCUGGUAAAACCAAUGAAAAAUCACAUCGCCGAAGUGACCGUUGAAGUGGCGCUCAUCGUAAAACCAAUCAAUAACGCAACGCUUGUUGGGGAAUUAGUGAAACACGGUUAUGAGGAUCGUCCACCUGUGGCCGCUUACGAAAUGGAUUGUUGUGAUUUCUUCCGCAAAAAACGCCGUAAGUUUAUGGCCAAUGUGGCCUAUAAAGCCAUGGGUUUGGAUAAAUACAGCAAUAUGAAUCACUCAUGCCCAUAUGAUCACGACUUAAUCGUGGAUCGCUAUCCAUUUAAUGGCCAUGUUUUGGGUAAAAUAAUUCCAUUUGGCAAUGGCGAAUUUACUUUCAAUACAAAAUGGUAUUCUUAUAAUGUAUUGAGAGCUGUUGUCCGCAUAAGAGUUCGUCUUUUUGAUGAUUAA